AUGAAGCACGCUCACUCUUUGGCCGGACUCCUGCUCCUCAUGGUCAUCCACAGCAGCCGGCAGGCGUCUGACCCCCACGCUGACACCAGCGACAAGUCGGUCUCCGGUGAAGGGCUCCAGCUGUCAAACACCAAGAGACACUCGGAGGGAACCUUUUCCAACGACUACAGUAAAUACCUGGAAACCAGAAGAGCUCAAGACUUCGUUCAGUGGCUGAAGAACUCCAAACGAAACGGAAGCCUCUUCAGGCGCCACGCCGAUGGAACCUACACCAGCGACAUGAGCUACUACCUGCGGGACCGGGCCGCCAGGGACUUUGUCACCUUGCUGAUGACUGGCCGAGGACGACCACAGUAG